GAGAGCAGUUCGUUCACAGAAGCCGGCUGCAGCGGUCCGUUGAAAACUCCGAUUCCAGCAACACCACCACGUCUAUACUAUUGUCUGUCUUUUGCAAACAUAGAGGCGUCACCCUUUGGCUAACGAAUCCGAAACUCUUGAGUGCCGUUGUACAAAAUCUUGAUAUUAAAAACCGCAUUUGUACGGAUCAAAUUCAAAUUAACCGACCGAUUCGCAAGAUGUCGUACCACAAGCCCGAAGCCAAGACCGUCCAGGAUCUGAAAGAUCUGGCCCAGAAGCUGCGAAUUCACUCCAUCAACGCCACCCAGGCCUCCAAAUCGGGCCAUCCCACAUCAUGUGCCUCGAUCGCCGAGAUCAUGUCCGUGCUGUUCUUCCAGCAGUUGCGUCUGAACUUAAAGCACCCUCGCGAUCCCUCCAGCGAUCGUUUCAUCCUGUCCAAGGGGCAUGCGGCUCCCAUCCUGUACGCCGCCUGGGCUGAGGCUGGUCUCUUCCCCAUUGAGGAUCUGAACAAUCUGCGUAAGAUCGACAGCGAUCUGGAGGGUCACCCAACCCCCCGUCUGAACUUCAUCGAUGUGGGCACUGGUUCCCUGGGACAGGGUGUCGCCGUCGGCGCUGGUAUGGCCUACGUGGGCAAGAACUUCGACAAGGCCGACUACCGUACCUAUGUGGUUGUGGGCGAUGGUGAGUCCGCUGAGGGUUCCAUCUGGGAGUCGCUGCACUUUGCCGGCCACUACAAACUGGAUAACCUGUGCGUGAUCUUCGAUGUGAACCGUCUGGGUCAGUCGGAGGCCACUUCCCUGCAGCACAAACUGGAUGUGUACCGCGAUCGUCUGGAGGCUUUCGGCUUCAAUGCUGUCGUUGUCGAUGGUCACGAUAUUGAGGAGCUGAGCAAGGCCUUCCAUUGCGCUGCUAUCACCAAGAGCAAGCCCACCGCCAUCAUUGCCAAGACCUUUAAGGGUAAGGACUUCCCCAAUAUCGAGGAUUUGGACAACUGGCAUGGCAAGCCCCUGGGCGAUAAGGCCGCUGAGGUGGUCAAGCAUCUGCAGGGUCUGAUUGUCAACAAGAAUGUCAAGUUGGCCCCCAAGCCAGUGCCCAAGACUGGAGCUGCUCCCGAGGUCGAUAUCAGCAAUGUCAAGCUGAGCUCGCCACCUUCUUACAAAUUGGGUGAUUCGAUUGCCACCCGUUUGGCUUAUGGCACAGCUCUGGCCAAGAUCGGCCAGAACAACCAGCGUGUGGUUGCCCUGGAUGGCGACACCAAGAACUCGACGUUCUCGGACAAGCUGAAGAACCUCGACCCGGAGCGUUACAUCGAGUGCUUCAUUGCUGAGCAGAAUCUUGUGGGUGUGGCCGUAGGAGCCGCCUGCCGUCGCCGCACUGUCGCCUUUGUGUCCACCUUUGCCACUUUCUUCACCCGUGCCUUCGAUCAAAUCCGUAUGGGCGCCAUCUCGCAGACUAACGUCAACUUUGUUGGCUCUCACUGCGGUUGCAGCAUCGGUGAGGAUGGUCCCUCCCAGAUGGGUCUGGAGGACAUUGCCAUGUUCCGCACAAUUCCGGGCAGCACCAUCUUCUAUCCUUCGGAUGCGGUGAGCACGGAGCGUGCCGUUGAGCUGGCUGCCAACACCAAGGGCGUCUGCUUCAUCCGGACGUCGCGUCCCAACACCUGCGUGAUUUACGACAAUGAGGAGCCCUUCACCAUCGGACGCGGCAAGGUCGUGCGCCAGAAGAGUUCUGACGAGGUUCUCCUGAUCGGAGCUGGAAUCACCUUGUAUGAGUGCCUGGCCGCCGCUGAUCAGUUGGAGAAGAACUGCAUCACUGCCCGUGUGAUCGACCCCUUCACCGUGAAGCCCUUGGAUGCCGAGCUGAUCAUUGAGCACGGCAAGCAGUGCGGAGGACGUGUGGUCGUUGUUGAGGAUCACUACCAGCAAGGUGGUCUGGGUGAGGCUGUACUGAGUGCCCUGGCUGGAGAGCGCAACUUUGUGGUUAAGCACCUAUUCGUGCCCACUGUGCCGCGUUCUGGACCUCCAUCCGUUCUUAUCGACAUGUUCGGAAUCUCCGCCCGCCAUGUCGUGAACGCCGUUAACGAAAUCCUUAAGGAUUAGGGAUCGAAACUCUUAAAGUCAUCAUCUGGCUACAUUCAUUUACCGCCUACAGGAAUAACCCCAGUUACAACUUAACUUUACCCCUACCAUUCCCCUCUUAGAUUGUUGAUACUCUUAUCGAUUUCAACUUUUACAAUCAGGAAAAUAAAUUAUCUUUGAAAAAAGUA